AUGAACGGAGAGGUUUCGGUGGAACGAAAGUUCAGCCCUUCGCAGCCCGGCUACGGCAGUGAGGGAUGCCGUCAGUCAAUGGGAACAACAACAAACAACGGCGCCCGCCGCUUCUCGGCGACGGAGCUGGGCCGGACGGUAGGCAUGCCGUACUCCUUCGACACCAUGCGGUACCUGAAGGACGUGAUGCGGAGGCGGGAGGAUAUCCACACGAUGCGGGUGAUGCCCAAGACGCACCUUCUAGCCCAGUUGGUGCUGCUUGAGCAGUCGGGACGGGAGAUGCUUAUCCACCAAGAGCGAUUUUGCCGUCAGCAGAUUGCGCACAAGCGUGAUGAUGAGCGGUCAAAGCGGGAGGAGCAGCGCCUACAGCAGAAAAACCGUGAUCGUUUGGAGGAGAUGAAGAGAAAGCAGGUGGAGGAGCUAGCCGCAUUAAAGGAAGGGGUGACCUCCUUCCAGAGGCAGAUUGACGCCGAGGUGAAGGAGAAGCUGCGCAUUGUGUGUAUGCUGCAGCCCCGCAUGAAUGUUGCCGCCGCUGUCCUUGCUGAAGUGAAGAACGAGGCAUCCCCUUUUCUGCUGCUGCCGGAGCUCAUGGAGGAGGAAAAGCGCGUGGCGAAGGCACUUAAGGCGGACAGUCGCCAUAGCAAGAGCUCCGUUGACUGUGGGGCCGUGCC